CAUCCACAAAAUAAUCCAAAAAGUAUCCGGAGCAUGAACAGCAGGCGAAAAUAUCCAGUGGUUUAUCGGCAUCAGUUGCUUUCUAUCGAAGUGAUCACUGCUUGCAGUUUGUAUUCGCACGCAUUGACCUACUACAAGUGACGUGGCUCAGUGCGCAUUGCGCGAAAUAUCUUCUGCUAGGCUCGCGGGUCCUCGUUCAUCUCUGAUGACCUGACAGGAGCGGUCGAAGGCGGUGCCGCGGGUAGUGCUUAAAAUGGAGCCGGAACCCCAGCGAACCCAUUGGCAAGUUUCUGGAGGCCCUUCUGGCGCUCGAGAAGCGGAGCUGCUGCGCCCGAUACCGGAAUUGACUGUGGGACCCAGUAUACGCGCGCGGACGCAUUACGACUACCCGCAGAUAGCUCCUCAAGGAGGAGAUGGAGACCGGCCGGCUCCGCCAAAGGAACCAGAACCCGUCCAGCAGCACUCCGAAGUGGCCUUGCGGUUAGGAAGCAUUCUCCUGGACAACUUGGUGGCGCAGCCAUGUAUAGUGCUGAGGAGACAAUGUCAGGUUCAUAGGGCUGCCAGCAAGUACCAUUUAACCCCAUGGACGCUCUUUCCAAUCAUCGCGAGGCUGCAGCAGAGACAGGGUUUGAUCACCCUCUGGAAAGGUGCACCAAGCAUGUUUAUUGUACGUGGCAUCGUUGUGGUGGUGGAGACUAUCCUUGCCGAAACGACCUCACUUCCUCGCGAGCUCACAUCGCACAGUUCUCUUCGUCAGCUUUGGCAACAUCUACUUCUCAAAAGUGUGGCCCUUGCUGUAGCGACACCCUUCAGCUGUGCCAGUCUGGUGGAAGUGGUUCAGUGCGAGGCAGCCAGUGAGCGACCGGGCUUAUUUGACUGCCUGCGUGAGGGUCUGGUGCGGCUGCUUCCACGAGGAGGUCCAAAACGUGGUCGCCUACUACCCCUGUGGCGCCUUCUGGGACCAGCAAUGGCUCAUGGCCUCGCCCACUACGUACUUUCCAGCGUUGUGCGAUGGACUGCAUUGCAACUGCUGGGCAUUCACCGGCACAGACAGCACCGACAGAUUCUGAUGUUGCGGCAGCAGGCUGGCAUUGUUCGUGGUCCCAUGGGCGAUGAGCUGUUGCAGGAAGUGCAGCCAGAAGGUGCUUCAUUUCUUGAAGAAAUGGUGGCAUCACUCAUUGGUGCACUCGUGGCAGAUGUGCUGCUCUUCCCUUUGGAAACAGUACUCCACAGGCUGUAUUUGCAGGGGACACGAACCAUUGUGGACAACCUGGACACGGGCUGCUCAGUCACUGCCAUUAUAUCCCAGUAUCAAGGACCAGUGGACUGCUUCCGGUGCAUAGUGGCUGAGGAAGGUGCGGCAGGCCUUUACAAAGGAUUCGGUGCUCUGCAGCUUCAAUACGUGCUCCAGGGAGCCCUGCUCAAGCUGACACAAAUGUUGUGCCAGGAAUUCUGCCCACAUGUCCUGUAGUACUGCACUUCUAUUGUUUCCACACAUUGUGGUUUAGUGAGGGAGUACUCGAUCAUUCUGCAACAUUACUUUCUGUGACUACACAAGUAUAAUAUGGUUCAGAAGUGGCACUACUUCAGAAUCGCUGGUGCGUCAGCCUACAUUUUGCCCUGGCAUGCACAGAAUGCCAUAAGAGAGAUGGCACACUGCAGUGAGAGGCUAGAGAAAAAAUUGUCACUUUUAUUUUCAGCACAGACGAUUCGGCCAUGUGAUGUGUAGUCACACCUUGAAGAUAAAUUUGUGCUGCAUGUGGUCGCCAUGUACUAAACACUGGGCCCGUAUGAACAACUUGAAUGAGUGUGACAUAGCUUUGCAUGCCGCGAAGAGCUAGAAAGCCUGGGUAUCGCUUCUUGUUGCAAACAUUAAUUUAAUUUUAGUUGCCGCGAAGGGCUAGAAAGCCUGGGUAUCGCUUCUUGUUGCAAAAAUGAAUUUAAUUUUAGUUUCAGCUAAAGGUGAUUUUCUUCCCUUGAAAUGGUACCACUGCCUUCUGGGCUUGUCGCUUGGCUGCCCAGGAUGGAUGCAGGUCUGCUGGCACAUGGAAAAAGAAGAAUGAGAAGAGAGUUAUUUAUUAAUCAAUACUAGAAAAAAUAAACAUUCAAGUGCUCAGCAA